UACAAGCAAUAUGCAUUUCUAACGCCCAAUUUAAAUGUCUGUGGUCGCAUUUAUAUUGGAUUAAAUUUUUGUCAAUGGGUCAAAAUAAACGAUACUCUUUGAAAUAUAUGUUCCACGAUACAAUAUAAUAGUAUUUUAUACCGUUAAAUUGGAUAGUUCAGUGACCGUCGCAAAGUGACGUGCGUAUGUAUGGUUACAUGAUACAUCAAAUGUAGUAGAAUCGGCAAUGCAGUUUCACGAAGAUGGCAGUUCAAACGAAUGAUAUUGGCAAUGCCAUUUCUAUAAUGGUGCCUUCAAUAACGGAAAUUUACUAAAUAAAUUGUUAAAUUUAACUUCUUUAUAUUGAUAUGACAAUAGUUACACAACAAAUGGAAAUUACUUGACCUUAGUGAGUCUAAGGGUAUUUGAAUUAAUUUGUCAAAAAUUGUUACGUUUUCGUUCCUAUUUGAGGAAGGCGUGAUCAAAAUGUCAGAGUUAAUCAGAAUGCAACGAUACGACAUUCUUCUUCAAGAAAUAGAAGGCAUAGAUGAUUAUUUGGGCCCGACUUUUCGAGCAAUUUAUGAUGGCCAUGAGCAUCAAAAAUUUAUGGAGAAGCUCGAUGAGCGUAUCAAAGCACAUGACAAAGAUAUUGAAAGAAUGUGUAAUCAUCAUUACCAAGGUUUCAUCGAUUCGAUCCGGGAACUGUUACAAGUUCGUUCUCAAGCGCAACAACUGAAUGCUGAAAUAUUGGAACUUGAUAAACGUAUCACUGCUACUUCCACCAAAGUAAUAGAGAAAGGAGAAGAGCUUGUUAAAGCACGUAAAGUAGAAAGUAAUAUGGCUGCAGCUGUAGAUAGCCUUACCAUGUGUCUUCCUGUAUUAGCUGCCUAUGCAAAGUUACAGAAACAGUUGAAAGACAAACGUUAUUAUCCAGCAUUGAAAACAUUGGAGCAACUAGAACAUCAUGACUUACCAAAAGUAACAAAUUAUAGAUUUUCUUCGCAAAUUACUCAACAAAUUCCGCAACUCCGCGAAAAUAUAAAGGAUGCUUCCAUGUCUGAUUUAAGAGACUUUUUAGAAAAUAUUAGAAAGUAUUCACCAAAAAUCGGCGAAGUUGCUAUGAGACAUACACAGGAACAAUUGAUCAUCGAAGCCGAGAUUAUCGGUCGUAAAAAGAAAAGAACAAACGCUAGAAAUUCGUUGUCGAACGAAGGCGAAGAAGAAUUAAGCGCUCAGGACUUAAUGGAUUUCAGUCCAGUAUAUCGUUGUAUGCAUAUUUAUACUGUACUUCGUGAAGGGGAAACGUUCAAAGCAUACUACAGACAGCAGAGAAAGCAGCAAGCUAGACUAGUUUUGCAGUCACCUAUUAAUAUGCACGAGAGUAUAGCCGGUUAUCAAACUUAUCUACAAGGCAUUGUGGGGUUCUUUGUAGUAGAAGAUCAUAUUUUAAACACAGGCAAUGGUUUAGCUACACGAUCUUAUUUGGACGAGUUGUGGACUAUGGCGCUAUCUAACAUAGUAAACGCAUUACGCACUCACUCUGCAUAUUGUACAGAUGCAGUGCUUAUCCUAAAAAUAAAAAAUCUUAUAAUGUUGUUUAACACAACUCUAAGAAAUUAUGGGUAUUCUAUAGGGCAACUUUGUAACUUAUUACUAGAAAUUCGAGUACAUUAUAACGAAGUCUUAAUGCAACAUUGGGUUCAAGUGUUUAGAGAUAUUUUGGACGAAGAUAGUUUUUUACCAAUUCAGGUGACCACGCAAAAAGAAUAUGAUGAUGUCCUUGACUUAUUUCCUUAUCACGAUGAGGAAUUAGAAAGAACAGAAUUUCCAAAAAAAUUCCCGUUCUCAGAUAUGGUACCAAAAGUUUAUCAGCAAGUUAAGGAAUUCAUCUAUGCUUGUUUAAAGUUUUCAGACGAUUUAAAUUUCACGCAAACGGAGAUAGAUGAAAUGAUUUGUAAAUCAACGAAUUUAUUAUUAACAAGAACAUUUAGUGGAUGUUUAUCGUCUUUAUUUCGGAAGCCAUCGUUGGCACUUUUACAAGUAGUCCAAAUUAUAAUAAAUACAGGCUACCUCGAAAAGUCCACAAAAUAUUUAGAAGAAUUCGUGACUAAUAUCACAGGAACACCGCAUGAGGGGCAAUUGAGUUGUAUGGGCGUAGAAUCAGCUAUGUUUAGAGUCGCGAGAGACGAUGCUGAAAAACAAAUUUGCGAUAAAUUAACGAACAAACUGGACGAGUUUUUAGAGUUGGAAAAUUAUGACUGGAACUUGGCAGAACCUCAAGGGCAUGCAUCCGGUUUUAUUACUGAUCUCAUAGCAUUCUUGCAAAGUACUUUCACUUGUUUUACCAAUUUACCUGAAGAAGUUGCACAAGUUGCGUGUAAAGCCGCUUGUUCUCAUAUAGCGAAAGCUAUAUUAGGUAUAUUAAUUAGCGAAGACGUGAAACAAAUAUCCAUGGGUGCUCUUCAACAAGUCAACUUAGAUACAAUACAAUGUGAACAAUUUGCAGCCUCGGAACCUGUAGUUGGUUUGCCCGAAGGAGCCUUGCUUCAAUAUUUUGCACAAUUAAGACAAUUACUAGACUUAUUUAUGAGUUGGGACUGGCCUACUUAUUUUCAUGACUAUGGUCAUGAAUCAAGUAAAUAUACUCUGGUAACUCCGAACAUGGCUGUACUUUUAUUAGAGAAGUUAAAGGAGUCCGAUAAAAAAACAGUAUUUUCUGUGCUAAAGAAAAGCGAACGGGAUAAGAAAAAGCUUCUGGAAACCGUACUGAAACAACUACGCCAACUGGCACAAACUACUCAGCAAUAAAUGAAACCAAGUCA